AAGAAGCAGGAGGAGAAGCACGACACGGGGCGGUCUUGUUUGUGUCGGUUGUCGCACGCAGCUUGUGUGCUGUGAAAAUGCGCAUCGAAAAGUGUUAUUUCUGUUCGGGACCAGUGUACCCUGGUCAUGGGGUGAUGUUUGUACGCAACGAUUGUAAGACAUUUAGAUUCUGCAAAUCAAAAUGCCACAAGAACUUCAAGAAGAAGCGUAACCCAAGAAAAACAAGAUGGACCAAAGCAUUCAGAAAGGCAUCAGGGAAGGAGUUGACAGUGGAUAACUCGUUGGAGUUUGAGAAACGCAGAAAUAUACCUGUUAAAUACAACAGGGAACUGUGGGACAAGACAGUGGAAGCAAUGAAGAGGGUGGAGGAGAUAAAACAGAAACGACAGGCAAGAUUUAUCAUGAACAGAUUAAAGAAGGGCAAACAGUUGGAGAAAGAAGAGGCCAUCAACGAAGUGAAGAAAAAUAUUCACCUUAUCAAAGCACCACAUGCAGGAAAGGCCAAACAAAUGGAAGACAAAAUGGUGCAAAAGUUACAAGAGGAUGUCGACAUGGGGGAUGAGGAUAAUUAAUCUUCUGCUUAAGGGGGUUAUUUUUUUUGUUUUUGGUCAAGAAACUUGAGAGCAAGUUGACCUUGUAUUAUAUUCUAAUUUUGGUAUUUCCAGAUGGUAGAUGAUGGACACAGUAAUGCAUUCAGUUUUUACAGCAGUUUUUAACUGCUGUAAAAAGACUGAAAGCAUUGGUCUAGCAAAGAUCUGCCUCCAAGGCAGCAAUUAACCACAGUUCUCCCAGGUAUUUUUUCAGUGUGGUAGUUGGGGCUUUUACUCAGUCUUGUUGCAAAGUAUAAAGUUUUAAAGAAAUGCAGAAAAUGUUAAAAAAAAAAAUAAUAAUAAUAAUAAUAACAACCUAAAAAUAAAUAAAUACAUCUUU